AUGUCGUCUGCAGGCUCAACCCCGAGCAUCCGGGUAUAUGAGUCCCACCGCUACCCACUGCCACACCAUCGCCGACCCUCAAUUCCAACCUCUGCCGUAGCAAUGGCUAUUCCGAGAGCACGCGAAGAGGCCCCACCACCCUUGCCUCCUCCACGUCACAUCCACGACCUAAAGACUGGUCAAGACCGUGGCUGGCAAUGGGGUAACACAAACAGCCCACGGGACACUGGCUUUGACGGAAAUCGGCUCGCGACCGUCAGGACUGGCUCGACCUUGUAUGGUGCCUCUACCACCACCACCACCACCAGUCAGCCGCGUCCACGGGAUCCCUCGGCAGACUACAUGUUCAAUAAUGCCCGCGAGCCCUCCAUCUCGAGGUCCUUUGACGACUUGAGCUCGGAAAACAGUGACGACGACCGCAGCACCAAAGCCCGACCGUCGCUCGAGAACCAUAGUGAGCGACAACUUGGCCAAAAGGCGCUUCAGAGUUCAUCGCAUGCCUACGACAAGCAAUUGCUCUCCAAGAUUGGCGGCCCCAACACACCCACGAGGACCGCGGCACCACCCCUCUCCAGCAGCGCCCAGGAUUCCGCUGCGGACACUCACGCAUCGCUGCACAGCCUCAACGGGCAAUUGAAGCCACUGUCGGUACCUGAUAGACUGUAUCCCUCACUAGACUCCCCUGCACCAAAGUGGCCUCCCUCUGGCGCCAUUUCACCUGGCUACAACGGCUUUCGCAGUCCAAUCUUCGACUCGGGCUCGGUCGAGUCGCAUAGAGGCCGAUUUGGCAGCAUUUCGACACCAGGCCCUCUCGACGAGAUUUCAUCUCAACAUCGCGGUAGCUACGACCACAGUAUAUUUUCUGACCACGACUUUGGUAUGGAAGAGAAUGGUAUGCGCGAAUUGAACAUCAACGAUCGCAGCCCCGCCGAGUCAGAGGAUUAUCAGUUAGGGCUCAAGGGUGGCCUAAAACGGCGCGCCUCAUCACCCCCCUCGGAGGCUGCACGCGAGGACCGUCCCACAACUAGUGGUCACAACGAUUUGUAUCACCGCCGCUCGGCGCAGAUGCUUGUUAACCGCAAUUGUACUGCUUCACGCUUCCAGGGCAAUCCAGGAUCAUUAUCGUCCACUGGAUCGGCAGGACAGCGCACAGGCUCCAUUGGAUCCUCCUACGGAUUUUCUACAGCUGCAAGUAGCAUGACAAGUUACGGCGGAGAUCAGCGCCUGUCGCCCAAUGUAUUGUCGCCUUCGGGCGAAGCGGAUUUGGGCCCUGCCUCUCCCUAUGCAGCUAACAGGUCACUGGAUCCUAGUCCCCGCGGCUCAUUAUCACGACCACAGCAUCAACGAGGCUUCUCGGAGACCGAACACCCGCAAGUACGCAAAAUGUCUACAGAAAGCAUGUUUCAUUCACGACAGAAUUCCAUAGCAAGCCGCAUCCCAGGUGCUUACAUCUGUGAAUGUUGCCCGAAAAAGCCCAAGAAAUUUGAUAGCGAGGCGGAAUUGCGUCUACACGAGCUAGAGAAACAGUACAUCUGCCAAUAUUGUCCGAACCGUUUCAAAAACAAGAAUGAAGCAGAGCGUCAUCAAAAUUCUCUCCAUUUGCGCCGGCAUUCAUGGUCAUGCGCAUCACUUGCUGGCGUCCAUGCAGCCUUCCACCCUUCCCCCUCGCGUCCAGCAGCGGCGGAUGUGUGUGGCUAUUGUGGCGAGGAGUUCCCCAAUCCCGCAGAUUGGGAUGCGCGGUCAGAACAUCUAAACCAUGUGCACAAGUUCGGCGAAUGCAACCAGGCCAAGAAGUUCUUUCGUGCAGAUCACUUUCGACAACAUUUGAAGCACAGUCAUGCUGGUACGAGUGGCAAGUGGACAAACAUGCUAGAGAACGCCUGUAUGAGAGAUGAGCCCCCGCCACAAGAGCGUGUUGGCUCAAUAAGCUCCAUGUCCGGUCCUUCGAGUGGGCCUGUGGCAUUAAAACCCGGUGUCAUCAACGAAGCACAUGACGAAUCUUGA